AUGAACCCCACAAGGGGAGUUUUAGCCCGACAUUCCGUUGGCAAGGAGCUGGUGGUUUACCCUGCGCUCGAGAAACAUGUUAAGAGUGGAAAGGAACGUGCUGAUGGGGGUUGUAAAGAGCGUCACGCCGUAAGAACCACAGCUCAAAGAAAAUUCCAAGGCAUGAAGACGACAGAUCCAGACUUCAUUCCUUCAAUCAAGAACCUUGUGGCGGAGCUUUCCAGACACAUUCAAGAGGAGGAGGAGGAGGAUGGGGAUCCUGCCGAGGAAAUUGAGAAGCUUGCUACCUCGCUUGGCAGAAUGAAGGCAUUUGUGCAGAGUUGUUCUCACCCAAGCGCACCGGACAAGCCACUGUGCGAAACUGUAGCUGGACUCCUGCCGACCCCCAUUGACCAUCUGGCGGACCUUUUCCGCGAGUUCCCUGGCGAGACGGCCAGCCCCGAUUCAUCGAGUAAGUGA